AUGACCCAAUCCGACGGCCUCCGCGGUUCUUCCAACCAGAUGGAAGGAAUCAGACUAAAAUCUCUGAACCAGCAAAACUCUAUGGCAAAGAACAUGGGAGAAGCUUGGAAACAUGGCUGCACAUCCACUUAUCUCCCAUUUUUCGCCAGGAACCACUGGGGUUUGGAGCUCGUUAUACGCGGAUAUGUUGGCCACCACAACAUUUCUAUCCUCUUCCUCGGAUGA